AUGACCCCUACACCGUUCCCAGGGCAGUAUCCCACGCCAUACCCAGCGCCGUGCCCUACCCCUGGGGAAGAACGCAUGGAAGGGGUCAUGUCUUCAAUCGGUUCCGUGUAUUUUCCCAGCAACCAGUUUAUGGCACAGCAGCAGAUCGCGACGGGAGUUCUUCCGACACAGCCAGCGUCGCCCGAGGCCAUACUCCAAGCUUUGCUGCGCACUCGUCUCAGUUACUUGCGGUGUCUGCUGUACCGUCCUUAUAUCUACCGGGUCGUGCAUUCUGACAAGCUGUCUUCUCAAGACCUCGUCGGGGCCGAGGAAUACCUCCGGCAGUGUGUUUGUUGGCCCAUCAUCAUACCGCCGAUGUGCCACAGCAAGCGCCUGAUCCAUGGUCUUUACUUCUGGUCGCACAACCUGAUGGGGAUUCUCAUCAUCCUACGCCUCGCCAUCACGCACCCGAGGCUGCAGGCGGUGUGUCUCAGUAUUGGUAAGAAGGACAAGGAGGAGUUCAAGAGACCCGGCGCGUGGAACGCGCAGGCGAGGCAGACCAUAUUUCUGUGUGUUGAAUGGUUCAAGAGUCUCGUGGAUAUCGAUGCCGAUGCUAGGUGGUGUUGGUCCAUCAUCCAGGGCAUAUACCCAGAGCUGGUCCUCAGCCCGACAAACACCCGGUUCCUGCCAGAGUUUUACCCGACGGCGAUGCCAUCUCAAGAGGGCUGA